GUCGCGUGAGUGAGCUGCUCGGGGUGUUGUCGGAAGGGUGGAGGUGUCGGGCGCCAGUCGCUACGCGGACGUUGAGCUCGGGAUUUCUGUCCUCCUCGCGAGACUUUUUUCCGCGAGCUUGUGUUUCGCGAUCGGUUCAACGAUCUCGUCGCGUAUCUCCUUUUUUUUCCUUCUACCCGCGACAAACUACGCCAUUGUCGUCGAAUGGCGGGUUCGUGUGAAACCGGUGGACAGACUCGAUCUCGAUCGGUAUCGAUUGUGUGUGGAUCUCGAGGAUCGCGCUACACGCGUCGGUUAUUUCGUGUAUCGGUAGAAAAAAACAAGUGUUCGUGAGAGCAGGGAUUUCGAAUUGUACCUUUCGGUUGCUGUGAUUUGUUUACCAGCCGGAUACUACGUGCAACGACGAGACUUACACGGAUAUCGACGCUGAUUGGAUGCUGCCAUGAGGGCCACGGAAUCGUGACAAUUUCAAAGAGAUUGGACGAACAGAGUGAAAUCCGUGCGGAAUUAUGUCCUGGUUCCAGGCUGAAAGUUACCGACUAACAUCUGCCGGUCCUCUCGACGGAUGAGUAACGAAGCGUGGCCCGCUCUCAAGAUUGAACAUCGAAGAUCAACCAGCCAAUACCCAUCAUCUCGAAGACUGAGGAGCCAGGAUGCUUCCGCUGAAAGAAAAGCUUGAAAGAAGAUCGUAGAGGGAAAAGAGGGAACGAAGAAGAUCGUAAGGAAGAUGAGCUAGAAAAGCAGCAGCCGUGUAUCCUCGGGAACGGUACACCAUGUGCUCGAAGAUGCGAGCCUGGUGGUGGAGGGGCGCUUUACUCGGCACGAUGAUGCUAUUAUCGUGGACGUCCUCGUCGGAGGGUUGUCCAAGUAUGUGUACGUGCAAAUGGAAAAGCGGUAAAGAGUGGGUGGAGUGCGCGAAUCGAGACCUGAAAGGGUUGCCGCAGGGUGCACGUGAGGAGACGCAGGUGUUGGAUCUAUCCAGUAAUCAUCUGGUCAGUCUGCCGCCCGAGUGUUUUCAAGCCUUAGGUUUGAUCAAUCUACAGAGAUUAUACCUGAGCAGAUCGCACAUCAGUCGAAUAGCAUCGAGGGCGUUCGUGGGUCUUGUGGGAUUAGUGGAGCUAGACCUGUCGGAGAACCUGAUCGAAGAGAUCCCGACCGAAACGUUUCCCUUUUAUUCGAACCUGAUGAAGUUAUUGUUGAACGGAAACCCCAUAAAGGAAGUUCGUCGUGGGGCAUUCCAAAAUCUGCCACACCUGACGAACCUGGAGCUAAGCCAGUGCGCGUUAGAGAGCGUAGAACAGGGCUCGUUCGAUGGUCUCCAUCUUCUCGAGUGGCUUCGAUUGGACGGGAAUCGAUUGACGCGUGUACCAGAACACACGUUACCACUUGGAGGCAGCCUUCGCGGACUGACCCUGCACAAUAAUCCUUGGCUCUGCGACUGUAGACUGCGACCCACGCAGGCCUGGCUCAAGGAGUCUGCCCCAGCAGCCCCCCAGGAGUCGGAACCAGUAUGCGACGCACCACCGCGGUUACGUGGCAAGCAGAUCAAGGCUAUAAAAGUGAACGAGCUUGCUUGCCUGCCCCACAUCGAGCUUCAGGAACGAGUGGAGGCCUAUGAAGGGGAUAACGUCACCCUCAAAUGCGAUGUCUACGCUGUGCCAGCUGCUAAGCUUGCCUGGUGGUUCAAUGGCGAACCCUGUGAGUUGCAGAACGAGAAUGAUUCCAUAUCCGUCUCUUCUCCCAUGUUUCCUCGGUACGUGUACAGGCAACGCGGCGGAACCAAUAUGAGCAGCACCCUCCUGCUCUACUCGGUGGAAACGUUAAACGAGGGCACGUAUACCUGCAUAGCCGAGAACGGGGCAGGAUCCGCGGAGGCGAACCUCUCUCUGCGAGUAUUGUUCCAGGAGAAAAUAACCGUGGAACCUCCAAACGAUCGUUCGAGAUCAGGAUACGUGGUAGCCAUAGCCGCGGGUGCUCUGGUAGGCACCUUGUUCGCUUUGGGAUCACUGAUAGGCAGCAUCGUGUUCUGUAUGCGUAAACGUCGUCGUGAUCGAAAAAGGAACUCCAAGGCCCUGGUAUCGCAGAACAAGUCCGUGAUGCCCAUCACCAAAGACACCACCACUAGUCUCCCCUGCAGGAAGGGCAACGGAAGUUUGAUCGGUCUGGAACACCAGCAGAUGGUCUCGUAUACCGAAAGAGAAAUGAACAGAGCCGCUACGCUCGAACGGAGAGAGCACAGAAAUUUGGAAGAGCCUUAUUGUAGUCCAGUUUCAAAGUAUCUGACAGAACCCGACCUGAUUAACGAGGUACCAGAGACGACCGACGUGGGCUAUGGUCAACUGUACCGCCAUCAGCCCGGGGAGAGACAAAUUCUGGAGUACGACUCGGGGUAUCCGCUCCAGCCGGACCUGCGGCCACCGAACAUACCCCAACUCAGUUAUCUGGAUCAAGAUGGUUAUCCUUUGAAUUUUGGUUUGCCUAAAAUCCCCUUCAGCGCCGCGAGCACGUUACCUCGACUGAGGCAGAGGAUGCCAGUAGAGGGGUCAGCGGUGGCUCCACCCGCUAGGUACUCGAGGGAGGCAGAGUUCCUCGCCAGAUCUCCGGGAUACGACCCCGUGUUGCCUAGGACCGACGCCAGGUACACUGCCGAGGGAUACCCGUAUCCUCCCCAACAGCAGCAACCGAUUCAGCCAGUGGAGCAACCUCUCCAGCAGCAGCUGCCCGUAUCUCCAGUGUCGCCAGUGGCCGUGUUCCCGGAGGUGCCAUUCAUUCCUUCCCCACCGGCCGCGUACCGAGGUGAGACAACUCCACUAUCUCCUAGAUCGUUGCUGAGCAAAACUGCUCGAGAAGCUGCCGCUGCGGCCGCAGCCAGGGCGGAGGACCUUCAGCCGCCUCAUCAUCCCGAAAGUCCCGACGAGGGUUACGUCGGCGAUGCAAUGGACGUCUAAAAUAGGACGUUUGUCGAAUCUUUGACGAAUUCUCAGGUCGCUGAUCGACGGUGCAAUCGACGAAUCCAAUGAUGAUUCUAGGUCGAGAUAGACGCGAAGUUUGAUGGUGGAUAUCUGGUAUCUUUGUAAGGGUGGUUGGUACCCAGGAUAUGGUUGAUCGUUGUUGCUGAUAGGACGCAUGACGUUCGUGGAAGUCGAUCGAACGUGCACGAAUCCAGUUCAUGGAAAACAAGCGACGGACACGAUUGAACGAGCAAGAAGCUCGGGGGACAGGGAAGGGUGCUGGGACGGUAGUCGCCGAAGUCAUCCAGGAGAAUGGAUGUCAGACGUCGUGCUGGUUGAGCCGGAACAAAAGCGGUCCGUGUGUAAUGGAUUAAUCAGGUGCGAGGUUUCUCGGAAUAAUUUCUUGUCAGAAGCAGAGCUCCGUGUUCGAAGGACCGACGUCGCUAAUCGAAUUCUGUUCGUCGUGCAAGGGAAACAGGCGUCUUGUCUUCUCGUUUCAAAAGCUCACGAGAAUUUCCCCUGGACUACUAUACCGUUUGGAAAAUUUCCUGGAAAAAUUCACUGACUCGAAAAAGGUGGAGUACAGUGAGGGAAACGAUUGUUCGGAUCGAAACAAUCGAGGGUCCAGGUUCGAUUGUAACUGUGCUCGAAUUUUCUCGGCGUCACUCCUCCCCGUUGUUCCGCCCCUUGUCGUUCUCCGAUACAAUAGAAUCUCCUGGAAAGGAGGAAUACGUUAACGGCGCAGAGGAAUCGAAUUUUACCGGAGCAAACAUUUCGUGAUCUCCUGACGACUCCAGGAACACACGGAGCAGCUAUUCAACGCCUUAACGAGGGGCAAAUGAAAAAUACCUCGCUUUUAAGACGUGUCGUUAAGUGGACGAGAUCCUUGAAUUUCAAGGAACAAGAGUGUACAAAGUAAAACGUCGAGUGUAAGUGUGUUUGUUCUAAAUUAGAAGAAUCUUUCUUUUCUUAAAAAAAAGGGUAAACUUUCUGAUCGUUAAAUCGAUUUAAAUCACGGAUAACUAUAAAUACGAGUGCAAAGUGCAAAAGUGAAAAAAGCAGAGAAAGUACUAUUGUACUUAUGUGACUCGUUGGAAUAUCUGCUCAAGCUCAUAUGCAACCCCCAUCGUCCCUCUCGCCCCAUUCUCUACUCGUUUCCCAAUCCCCCAUCGAUUUACCUUCUAGGCUAACCAAUUGUAUCGUUAUUAAAGUUUACUGCUCCGUCGGAUUCGGACCGAAACCCGGACCGGACUGGUGUAUCCGGUCUGGAAAGUUCCGACGAAAGGCUGUAGGUAAUUCUGGUGUAGUGAUAAUAACGUUAAUUCGGUGUUUAAGACUGGCGAACUGUGCGAGAUUACGAGCUGGUGCUUAACCUGAUGUACAGAGAACUCUUGAACAUAAUACGUAUGUAUGUGUAUAAAUUCGUACCACACAAGCAUACACACCUACACACGCGACAAUGGUAUAUAUAUACAUAUAUGUAUUUAUAAAGCUCUCGUACAUGUACAUACACACGUACGGGGUUAUGAACUAUACUACGUGAUCGAAAUGGUAGGAAACGGUGAGAACAGAUAUUUUUGAAGGCUGUUUUUAAACCGUUUUAAACCCUCAAGGGUGGUUCACCCUCGCCCAACAAAGUUUCAACGCGUUGGCUGGCACGGGAUGGUCAGCGAGUUUAAUCAUUAAAUUAUUAGGUUGAUAAUUGAAUCAUUGGAAAAUUAAAAAAGAAGAAAAUUCAAAAUUCGUGGAUACUUCUACUGUGGCAGUCAAAGUGUUAAAAGUAUAAUGGUCGUGGUGAUUUCGCGAGGUACGAUUAUAUUAGAGAAAGAUCAUGACGGAUGGUAUCCCGCGAUACUCGUUCGAAAGUUUAGCAAACCUCGACUGACCAAUACUCGACAACCUCGAAAGAUGUUAUUCCCACAGGUUCUCACAUUUUAGUUGGAAACAUCUGCUACCGUAUCGAGCCUCGCGAAGUCACCUACGAGGAUCGAUUCACCUACGUAAGUUAAGUUGAUGUACACGAAACGUCGAAUAUCUGAUAUUUUUGAGGAAAUCAGCUUUGAAAAUUAAUUGAUAUCCAAUGUUUCGUGUGGAUCGAUCGAAUAAA